CGCAACACUCAGCCCGCAUUUAGUGCUGAAUAUUGUAUUAUGUUUGAGAGAUAAAAGCAUUAAAAUGAGAAUUUUCUUGACUUUCCGGUUAUUUCUUUGUAUUUUAAUUUUAAGGGAAACUUGCCAAAAAAACGCGGUACCAAUGACAGACCGCUAUCUAUUAAGUGAAGAAAAUAUAGUGAGUACGGUCCUGAACAGAGGUCCCUAUUUUGAUACUUCAGCAACCAAAAAUGUUACAUCGUUGGUUGGAAAAACUGGACAUCUGAACUGUCGCAUUAAGAAUCUUGGAAAUAAAACGGUAUCAUGGAUACGCCAUAGAGACCUACACCUACUAACUGUAUCUGAAAGUACAUACACUUCGGAUCAACGAUUUACUUCAAUUUAUAACAAACAAACUGGAGAUUGGACCCUACAGAUAAAAUUUCCUCAACUAAGAGAUUCGGGAACCUACGAAUGUCAAAUAUCAACAACACCGCCGGUGGGGUAUACCAUGAUGUUUUCAGUUGUCGAACCUAUUACAAGUAUUCCCGGAGGACCAGAGAUUUACAUGGAUUUGGGGUCAACGGUUAAUUUAACUUGCGUGGUCAAACACUUGCCAGACCCUCCCAUUUCAGUUCUUUGGACUCAUAACAAUCAGGAAAUAAACUAUGAUUCGCCACGAGGAGGAGUGUCAGUAAUAACUGAAAAAGGAGACAUAACUACAUCUUACCUAUUGAUUCAACGAGCGAAAAUUGCUGACUCAGGGCAGUACUCUUGCCUACCAUCAAACGCAAACCCCAAGUCCGUUAAUGUUCAUAUUUUAAAGGGUGAUCAUCCUGCAGCAGUGCAAAAAUCCCAAAUGCUGAUAUCGGAUACUUUAAAUUGGUUAUUCCUUCUCAUAUUAUUAAAUUUCAUUGUUUUAUAAUUACUUUUUUUUAAUAAUAAACUGUGAAUUUACGUAUAAGCCAAAAUAAAU